AGCGCCAUGUAACUGAAGCAUCCAAAACAAGCGGGUGGCCGUGCAGCCGCCGGGGAUUUCUGUCAUGUAGGCUGGCAGAGAAGCGGAUUCAUCCUCGCCACUGACGUUUUUCUCUCAAUAGUCGCGUUCCCGCCUUUUCGCACUGGAUUUACUGAGGCCGUGAAAAACCAUCGCGCCGACGGGUAGACGCAUCUUGAAAGUUCCUUCCUCUUUCUCGACCUCGCACCAUAUCUUCCCGUGAUCCUGUCUCAAGAAGCGCGGUGUGCAGAGGGCAACCAGAAGUGUCCGAAGAAGUAUACCUGUCUCUCUUCUGGAGGUAUUUUCCAGAAGUCUCCGUUCCCGUCACAUGCAACUCACGUUGUGCGUCCUCUCUUAGUUCUCCUGAACAAAUUCAAGAAAGAGAUUUGUGACACGAGGACUCCAUACCUUUUGCCUUUCAACAACUCGACUCUUUCUCCCUUUUCUGGCCUCUGCCUCAGCGCCGUGGCGAGUGGUAUCUUGUACCGCCCUGCCUCGGUUCGCUUUUGUUGCGGCUCCUCAAAAACUCGAAACAAAGCGACAUUAAAGGCAACCACAAGAACAGAGAACAUCACAGUGAGAAGACAGCAUGGGGCCACUUGGCCGGGUGUCCUCGGGCCAGCUUGCUGGGGUCCGUCGGCACAGAUCCUGCGGGCUGAUACGGUCUACGGGACCCCUCUGCCUUAGCCUCCGACAGUCGCAAAGUGCCUCUGAUUCUGUCUCUUCGCUAACUCCUCUCUCCUUGCAGCAACGAGCUGUCUGUCGACCAGUCAUGAACGCGGACCCCCCUUGUGAUGUCAUUUCCCGCUUCGUGUCUCCAGAUUCCCGGCUGUUUAUUUUCUGUCCGCGAGACAUCUUGCGGGCCAGUCGGGGUCCUUCCGAUGUGCCGGCGAAAUCUCAGGCUCCCACCGGGGUCUCUAUUGGCUCCGCGCUUUCUCGGGAGAGCGUCACAAGCCGGUCCACACAACCAGACAGAGCUCGCUUACGUUUGGUGUCUCUCUCGGCUGCUCCCUCGCUCUGUUCCACCCCGCGGCUUUCCCCCUGUCACACGCGCUGUGGCGCCGUAAGGGACACCGCGAAUGCUUCGUCAUGUGUGUCUGGCCCUUCAAGGAGCGAAUCUGUCUUGUCCCCGCAAGACGCGCUCCACGACAACCUUCUCUGGUUACCAGCAAGAAGAACGAUCAGACGCCACAACGCGGGUGCGACAAGGGCAACUCUCGCUCGGCUUCCGUGGUUCUCUUCCCGGUUCUCUUUGCCAGGUCUCCAUGCCCGUUUCUAUACCUCUUCUCCACAUGGGCGCCUGCUCUCUUCGACAACUCCCUCACAGCUUGCCAGUCCUCCUUCUCCCCCGUCCCCGCCACCUCUGCGUGUUCCUGCUUCUUUCUUCCUCCGGGCUUCUACUUCGGCUCCAGCGAUCUCUGCUUUGCGCGCGUCCCGUUCAUCUCAUUUCUCUGUCCCCGGUCCACCCUCGUCGCCGAUGACUCUGUUUGUACACGCGAGCUUCUCCCGCUCCGCCGGCCCGCUGCUCGGACAAGCACGCGACGCAGCCGUGGAUGCUUUCUUUCCCGGCGGCGGAUGCUCUUGGCUCCAAGUGCGGUGGAAGAAGAAGAGAGGAAAGAAGGAGAAAGUCAUCUUGAAUGCGGAGCAAGUUGCAACGAAGACCAGGCUUCCUCCAAUUCGUCUAGAGGAUCGUAUCACCCCGGAGCCGCCUGCAACUGUUGCGAGGAACAUUCGAUCUCAGAUCUCGAGGGCGGUGGCAGGCUGGAAAACCAAGCGCAUGUUUACGUAUCGAAAUAAAUACCGACUCCGACGUCUCGUAGGGAUGACGCACGACAUUGACAGCGAUGACGAGUUUGCACAGGCGAAUGCACGGACGAGAGAGACAAAUGCUUCUACCUCCAAGGUGUCGUCCAGUGGGUGCAGCACAGAGAAGGCGGAAGGAGUGAACGGUUCGACUAUGGGACGAAGAAAUAGGCCGAGCUUUGCAGGUCGAACGUUUGUCACUCCCCUCACAAAGCUUCAGCACCAGGCUGCCCUCCCUCGAUCUCCAUUGCAUGCCAGGUUCGACUUCCCUCACACUGUUCACUACGACGUUUUCUGGGGCCCACCCCAAGUGGAGGAGGAGCCCAACAAGAGUGGCUGUUGGGUUUCGUUUCGCGUUGCCGACCUCAAACUGUCCGACAGUCAAGAACAACGCCUUCUGGACAUAUUGGGCCCCGAGCGGUACGACGAACAGACUGGAGUCGUUUGCCUGGAAGCAGAUGUCUUUCCACAGCUCAAUCACAACGCUGCCUACCUAGGCGAUAUACUUCAGCAGCUUAUGCGAGAGGUGAAGAAGGCGUGAAAGCGAACGCAUGCGAUACAGAACGGCUCGCUGACACAGCGGCACGUUCCGACUGAUGCCUUCCCGCAUAUUGAUUGGAAAUAAGGGGCCUACAUCCCAGUUUUUCUUUCUGUGACCGCAGCAGCGACAACAUGCUUUUAAGGAAACCUGACUAGUUCAGUUUGAAUGAGACACGGGCGCGUGCAAUCGAGUACGAGCUUGUGUUUUCGGGGGUUACCUCGUCCAGUUGACUGGAACUGAAUCGGUUUUCGGCGGCUGGCAGUAUCAUGCAGGUAGAAGUAUUCUCGAUGCAUACGCGAUGUUUACAGAGACCUAAUGCCAGCGACAUCCGUAUUUAAACAAAGACUGACGCUGGUAGCAAAGGCCCGGAAGUAGAUCUCGCGAGAGUAACGCUGGUAGACGGCAUUUCCUCGCCUGUUUCUGCUAAUGCCUACAUUCCAUUUGGUGAUCCGCU